AUGCACGACUUUCCCAUCGGCCAAAUAUGUGUUCGCGUUUCCAAUGAUCCCUUGGACAAGACCUCGGAUGUAUCGACGUUGGGAUGCCCCGAUCUGAUGAAUCGAUGCGAGAGCUCUUUUCGAGAGGCGUUUGGCCGCACCGCGCAUAAAGACUCUCCUCCCAGCAGACGAUCACUGUUUCGAGUGGUGAGCUUUGAGAGCAACAUUGAUUGUGCUGGCAACGAUAGCGAUAACAGGUGGUCCAAUGGCGGACGCAGAGACGCAUGCCCACCCUCCACCAUUGUCACACCCAUGAGACUGAAAGAAGAUACUGCAAGUCCACCAACCACCAUCUACGCCCCUCACCGAUCUGAUGGAGCAAGAAGGUCACGGCGGCGCACAAAAUGA